AUUUGCAUUUAGUUUUAUUUGAGGUUUUUACUAAUCUAAAGUUCUAAUCUGAGGCAAAUUUAAAUAAAGAAUAGACAGAGCUGCUGUAGAACAUACAUGCACUGAAAAGACAUUUACAUUUGUUCAUUUUGGGUGAAUAACAAAAAGCUAUUAGUCGUAUUCAGCAAUUUUCAUGUAAUGUCAUGAAUGUCAUGAACUUCCACAAGCAUAGGAAUGAAUAAUAAGAUGCAACUUAAAUUUUCCACUUUCUUCGCCUUGAUCAGCUCUACAUCUAUCCCUUCUUCUAGUAACUUUUCUUUUUGGACUUUGGAUCGGAAGGUCAGAUGUUCAAAUCCCAGCAAAACCAAGUCAUAGCUGGGACGUGAGAAUGAAUGUGAGUCAGCAGAACGCUUCCACACAAUGCAAGCUGGACACCAGGAUCGGCUCAGUCAUCUUCCCCUGCUUGUAUUCAGCCCUCUUCCUCGCUGCCAUUGUCCUCAACUGCAUGGCUGCUUGGAUCUUCUUCCAGAUCCACAGCAGCUCCACGUUCGUGGUGUACCUGAAGAACAUCGUGGUAGCCGACCUGCUCAUGACGCUGACUGUCCCUUUGAAGGUACUAACAGAUGCAGGCAUAGGAUCAGCUACACUAAGGGCCAUCUACUGCCGCUACACGGGCGUGCUCUUCUACACCACCAUGUACAUCAGUAUCCUGCUGCUAGGCCUCAUCAGUCUGGACCGCUACCUGAAAAUCGUGCGGCCAUUCGGGAAGUGUUCCCUGCAGCGAGUCGGCGUGGGUAAGGCACUGUGUGUCGGGGUGUGGGCCAUCAUGGUGGCAUUCGCGCUGCCUAAUGUGAUCCUGAGUGACCGUGCUUUUCCUGUGGGCCGCACUGGGAAGAUGAAAUGCAGCAGCUUGAAAAGCAAUCUGGGCCUACGCUGGCACGAGGGCUUUAACUACUUUUGUCAGGUGGUGUUCUGGGGGACGCUGGGUUUAAUGGCCAUCUGCUACACAUUUAUCAGCAGGAAGGUAUACGAGUCGUACCGCGCCUCGCGGAGCAGCUCCGGGACUGCCAGCAAACGCACCAAGUUCAAGGUGUUUGUGGUGGUGGGUGUCUUCUUUGUCUGCUUUGCACCCUUCCACUUGGCUCGAGUUCCCUACACCCUCACUCAAACCCGAAGCACGUCCGCGCACUGCUGGGCUCAGAAUCAGCUCUACUUGGCAAAAGAGAUCACACUCUGGCUAUCAGCCACCAACAUUUGCCUGGACCCUCUCAUCUACGUCUUCCUGUGCCGGGUCUUCCGCAGGAAAUUAACAGCGGCGCUUUGCCGCAAGUCCUUAGCCAGCGGAGGGCUCGAGUCUCCUACCGAGACUUCAACCAAGCAGGAGAUGUCUCACAUGGGUCAUUAUAACAAUGCUAAAGAGUUCCGGUCAAAUUAACAUCAUCAGACAUGGAAGUCUGGCCACAACACGCUGGAUUGGAUUACAGUGAUGGAGUCAUGUACUGCAUUUUAAAUAACAUUUUGCCUGAACUGAAAUUUUUACAGAGUCAUUUUAUAAAAAAAAAAAAAAAAGAAUCACUAUAUAUAAUGUAUUGAAAUGUUUAAGAAAUAAUCUAAUAAUUGGAUCUAUUUUGCCUCCAAGAUCUGCUUUUAUUUAAUCAAAGCACAACACAGCACACCAUUCAGUAAAUUACACAAAUUACUGAGCUGAUUGUUAAAACAUGAUUUGCAUUAAUCUACAAAAGUUCGAAUUUCAUGGAUUAGAUGAUGUUUGUUUUCUUGCAUGCAUUACUGCCUUUAAGCUUUUAACCUAAAACGAUAUUUAGCCACCUCGACUUCACUGUUUCAUCAAAACAAAAGAUUUUUCCUUCCUUCGUGUCUAGAUUAUACUGUGCAAUGAGCCAGUUAAACAGCCGCUGUGGCAAAAAACCACAGUAUGCCUACAGAGAAGUAAAGUAAGAUAUCAGAUAACCUCAGAAUGUCAGAGAUGUUCUUGCACUGUAGUCAGAAUGAAAAAAAAUAUGUAUAAUUUUAAGCUUUUUCACUUCUAGGGGGAAACAGGUGCAUAUAUUAGAUAAAAAAAAAUCGGAAUUGUGGGCUGCUGUAACUUACAUGCGAAAGAGAAAUACAUUUAAAUUCUGUUUUUGAAUGUCAUAAUUUCAGGUUUUCCCAGGCCUUAGCACAUUUGUGUUUAUUAUAUAGCCAUUCUUUACCUUCUUUUGACAACCAUGACAUAA